AUGACAUCUACCUUGGCAACUCGAGGGUUGCCCUCUAACCCUUCCCUCCCAGCCAAGGUCCUACCCAUCCAACCAAACCAAACGCUCUAUGUUACAAACCUCCCCUCCGCGAAAAUCAAGAAGCCCGACCUCCGAACCGCGUUAUACCUGCUAUUCUCCACAUACGGCCCCGUGCUAGAUGUCGUAGCUCUAAAAACGAUGAAGAUGCGCGGGCAAGCACAUAUUAAGAUUGAAUACGCGAAGUCGAAAUCCCAUUUCGUUUCUAAACUCGAUGGCACAUUUAAGAUGCCAAGUGCCUCUGGCGCCGCUGAGGUCGAGGUGACAGAUCUGCAAAGCAGUAUAUUUAACGCUCCGGCGCCUGGAACGGCAGCCGCUGCAAAGGCGGCAGCGUUACCGCCAAAGCCCCCAACGGCCGAGAAAGCGGUGGAGAGAGGGGAAACUCCCGAGGGCAGAGGCCAGAAGAGGCCCAGAGAUGAGGAGGAGUCGGAGGAGUCGGAAGACAGCGAUGUGGCUAUGGAGGAGGACAGUGACGAUGAAUGA